GAGGCCUGAUUUCUUGCAGGGCGUGCGGCGGCAGCGCAUGCGGGUUCUCUCCUUCCCCCCUUCCUCUCCCUCUCUCCGGACAACACCCUCUUCCCUUCUUGCACCCUCGUUGUUGUUAGAUUAGAGUACCAAUAUAUAGUUCCCCACAUCGGCCAGGAGCCCAGGAAUCCUCGCAUCCCGACAUCCGAUUUCUCUCCCUCUCCCUCCCUUCCCUUCCUCUGCUUCCGGGGAGGAGGAGAGGAAAGAGACGAAGGGCGCGCCGGGAAGGAGGACCAGGAGGGGAGGCACACAACGCUUCCUCUUGCACGCGGGAGUCCUCAAGCCUCCUCCUUGGCCUUGGCUCCAAUUCGGGGUGCCAUAACACGACCUCUGCCGGCGGCCGGCCACCGGCACCCAUGUCGCCCUUCUACCUCGCUCGCGGUGCUUCCAAGCUAGUGAGAAGGAUUACCUCGGAGACAUCAGUCGAGCUCAAGAUUCUCUCUGAAAAAUGGCGGCUUCUCCUCGCUGGCGUCAUUUUUCAGUACAUUCAUGGUUUGGCCGCUCAUGGGGUUCAUUAUUUGCACCGGCCGGGGCCCACCCUUCAAGAUCUUGGCUUCAUGAUUCUUCCGGAGCUUGGGAAAGAAAGGGGUUACAUCAGUGAGACAUUGUUUACGUUCAUCUUCCUCGCCUUUGUGUUGUGGACAUUUCAUCCUUUCAUCCUUCAGACUAAACGCUUCUACACUGUUCUGAUAUGGCGCAGGGUACUUGCAUUCUUAUGUGUUUCUCAGUUUCUUCGAAUAAUAACAUUCUAUGCAACACAGCUUCCAGGACCUAAUUAUCAUUGUCGAGAGGGCUCACAUCUGGCUAGAUUACCACCACCCCAGAAUGCAGCUGAGGUCUUCCUGAUUAAUUUCCCAAGAGGAGUGAUUUAUGGAUGUGGUGACUUGAUAUUUUCAUCCCACAUGAUUUUCACCCUAGUUUUUGUCAUUACAUACCAGAAAUAUGGAAGCAUGAGGUUUUGUAAGAUGCUUGCUUGGUGCGUGGCUAUUGUUCAGAGUCUUCUUAUUGUAUCUUCUCGCAAGCAUUACAGCGUUGAUGUUGUUGUUGCAUGGUAUACGGUGAAUUUGGUGGUCUUUUUUGUGGAUAAGAAGCUUACAGAACUUCCUGAUCGAUCGGUGGGGUCCACAUCAAUACUUCCUCUGAGUGCAAAGGAUAAAGAUACCAAGUUGAAAGAAGAAAAUACGAGAUUGCUGAAUGGUAACUCUAUGGAUUCAGCUGAUCGGAGACCACGAACACAAAUGAAUGGAAAGCAAAUUGAUAAUGAAAGCCAAGUUGAUAGUGAAACUGUGAAAGCAUGAUAUACUCUGAUGGAGGGGGUUUUGUUUGCUAAAAGCUGUUCAGACAGCUAAGGCCCUGUUCGUUUGUUACGGAUUGAUGGAUCGGAACGAUUCCUAAUCGGAUUGCUUUAGUUUAUAUAAACCUCAGCUGGAACGAUUCCGGGGAUUGCUUCUCUAGUUUAUAUAAAUCUCAACGGGAACGAUUCUGGAUGUAAUUCUACACAAACGAACAAGGCCCAAAGAAGAAAUAUGGGAUGCCACGCGCUUUGGUGCCUAGCUCCUUGAUGACUUGAUGACAUAGCUACGAAGGAAAUAGCUUUACAUCUCGCUGUUCUAGGCAGCAGAAGUUUUGUUUGCACUUUGCAAAACUGUAUAUCCUUCUCAGCUGUCUCAUUGUAACCCAUUCUUUUUCUGGUUUCUUUCCUUUAUUUUCCAGCUUGGAGUUCAGAUUCUUUCUUUAUAUUAACUGUGAAUAGAUAGUACAC